GCUGUAGCAUGCAUGUUGUCUUUAAAUGCUGCAGAUCACUGAAUAUUUAAAAAGACACCGGCUAGAAUUAAAAUUCGAUGCAUGCAGAAAUGAUUAAACAUGCCAAUUAACAACUCGAUUUUUCAUAGUCUCUAAAAAAAAUUUUUUUCAGAAAUGCUUUUGUUUAUAUGCUGCAAUAAUACUUUAGACGUGUAUUCCCACACCCCAAAUGGCGUGACUUCGGUUCCUGUUUUUGCAAGUCACUGUAUCUGGCUUCCCAGUGCUGACGUGAGCAGUGUCAGCUGUCUGGAAAGUAGACUACAAGUACAAACCUAAACCUGCAAAAUAUGAACCCUGCCAGAAUUCAUGCCUGUCAUCCGUGAUUUAACGUGGAGAAGGUGCAGUUGGAUAGUGAGCCAGGACCAGGCUGAUCAGGUGCACUGGUCACAGAGGCAGGCAGGUUCACAAUAACACAACAGUACAAUAGAGUGGCUUUCUCUGCUGUAUAAACAAGGAACUAACUGCAGAAUAAGUUCUACCACAUCCUUAAUUCCAAAACUCUAAUUUCCUUGUGAUAAAUAGUUUCAUGGUAGUUUGGCUGCUUGCUGGUAGAUGUAAAGACUAGUAAGUGAGGGUGAUUCUGGCAUAAACUGAUAUUGAUGACACUGCAACCAGAGUCUCUGGUUCUAUUUGGGGCCGCUCAGUAACAGGACACCAUGCACUAUAUGCACAGUAAAUACAAGUCUGGUCUCUGGUGGUGUGUUCUUUCUCCAACGUAUCAUUACAUAACAGGAACAUUAUGCAAUGCAUGCAUUUAUUUAUCAACCUAACUUCUUCUGCGUGGCUGUUGUUGCACUACAUACCUUGCUUCCACAGGACUGAGCCUUUCUAUCAGCCUAUUGACAAACAUGUGUCAUGUCAUGUGAUGAAGGGUUCGAGUUUGAAGUCCAAAGACUAACCGAGUGGACUGUCUCACUGUCACCCUCCAAAUUCUCCUGUGGUCAACCCCUCUGAUCUGGUGUCAAAAUGGCCUCAAGACAGGGAGACAUGCCAGCACUAGAGUCUGGCUCGUCAUCUGGAUUCUUCGCUGCCAUGUCGUCUCCCAUUGGAAUGACCAGACACAAUAUCAGCUAUGACGAGCACAUGGAUGCCCCCAUGCAUUCACCACCUGCAGAUUUGGCUGUCAACAACUUAUGGAAGGACCCUGUCAUCCCUCAGCACAAGUUUUGGAACUCUGAAGAGGAAGGUGCAAGUUACAUGAAGAUGCCGACUUUUGAGCCAAUGAUGCCAGCCAGGUCCCCAGUGCCUGUGGUGAAAGCCAAAGCCACCUCUUUAAUGAGCUCAAUUAUGAUCAAGCAGACCCACGAAAACCUCCAGAGGUUUGAACACCAGGCGGGGCUGACUGAGGCUGUAUAUUCUCCCCAUAAGGGCCUCUCUGCUGAGGAGACCCGCUUUCACCGACUGGCUGAUAGCACACUUCCAAAGUUGAGAAUGCCAAGUGGGGACUUCAAGGAGGACAGGCUUACAACAUCAGCACAAUCCACCCCAAGUGGCACUCCUUGUGUCACCCCCUCCGUCACCCCAUCUGUCACCCCCUGUGUUAGUCCCUACUCAUCACCAGUUGUUAAGCGCAGGAGCUGGUUCCAGCUGAGUCCUGUGCCCUUUCUUACAACCCCAGAGCUCAGCAGUCCCAGCCCCAACACAGACAUGGGAGGAAACGAGGGAGGAGGAGGAGAGAGAUGGAACUUUUUUGGAACUCGCUCUGUGGUACAGAAGUCCCCCACUGACCCCGGCUCGGACACCAGCACUGGCUUCUCACUGCAGUCCUACUUAGGCCUGCAGAAGUCCUCCACCAUGGAUGGCACCAACACCCAAGUCAACCUCAAGGUGGAGGACCCUGCCAACUUCAUACCCCCUAAGAUCGAAAUCACGGGCAUCGACGCCAAGCGGGGGCAGCCACGGCCACACAAACUCAAACCUCGGGACAUGAAUGUUUUAACACCUUCGGGCUUCUGAAUCUAAACCAGCCGCGUACUCACAUCUCUGUACCACAUCCUCCGUAGUUAUCCUCUCUGUAUGGCUUCACAUUUUCUUUCCUUCCCUCCUUUGUCCCCUCUGUCUCCCUGCGCUGAGACAGAGGGGAUGGAGGACCACCUGUGCUGUUAGCUCACCGACCCCUGAGACAUUACUGCACUGUUACUCUUCUCAGUGGACCGACUCAGACGGAUUCCAGUCUCUUCCAACUAAUUUGUCCAAAUAAAGCUUCAAAUAAUAUGAUUUGUUAUCCCUAAAGAUGGUACUGCUUUGUAUUGAUAUUGUAGUUACGUCACGUAAUGGAUGCACUGGCAUGCGUUGCCUUGAUGUGCUUGUUCCAUUUUUUUUUUUUAGUGAUGGCACAACAUUGAAGUUGUCGAAAUAUCUUGUCAGUCUUUUGCUUAAGCUAACAACUUUAGCGCUGCCUCUCAUACUAUAACUGACCAGCUAUUUCAAUCUAUUAUGCUCUGUUGCCUCAUUUGUAUUAUUAUUAUUUUUUAUUUUAAAUAAGCUCACAGUUUUGUAGUUGUGUGGUGCUUUUCUGUUAGCAUGCAGAAUAGUAGUGUGUGACUGAUACUGUGCCUCAGCCUGCAGCGUGUCUGCUUUUGGCAUUUGUGCCAUUUAAGUUCUGCAAUUUUUUAAUAUUAUUUGGCAUUUCAUUUUACCUGAGGAGUGUGACUGCUGACCUGAAGUGAUUUUUUUUUUUUAAAUUGUUAUUAUUAUUUCAAGUAUUUUUCAUAUUGUUCUGCUUUAAAUCAACAUUAUUCAUUCUAAAUAGUAGUUGGUAUGUUGGGUUUAUCACAUUUUUAUAUUGAAUCAUAAUAGGCCUCAAUAUGCUAUAAGAAUACAAAGCAUUGAAGUGGUCAUUUUCAAUUUUGCAUUUUUUGGUGUGUCACAAUCCAAGAAUCUCUGCUGUUUUAAUUGAAAAUGUUGACGAAUUCCAGUAAGUAAUUGCACAAGGGAGAUUUCCUCCAACUUACAUCUGUAAAUAAAUCUGAUAUUAACAAGCAAAA